AUGGCGCCGACCGUGCAGCAGUUACCGCCGCAGGGCUCGUCGUCGACGACUUGUCUGCUAGAGUUUCCCUUUGACACUUAUACAGACGUCGUCGAGGAACAUACCCCAGAACGAGAGGAGGAGGAGGGGCAACCUGCCACUCGAUGGCGGGAGGCUGGGACUCCCUCCCUCGAGUUUGGAUACAAGGAUGAGCCGCCAUUGGGGGAGGUUCCCUCGCGGUGGUCUCGAUGGAGGCGGUAUCUGGGCCGCGCAUGCCGCGUCUUCUUCGUUUUGCUGUGA